AUAAAAAAAUACUUAUCGAGAAUAUGAAUGGCAACUCUGUUUUAAGUCGACAUUUUGACGAAGAUUAACUCGUUCGAUAUUUACACGCUGAGUACAUAAAUAUUUUCAAUGUAAUUCAUUCAAUGUAUUCUGCUAAACGAAUAAUUUUUUUUUAAUUCUAGAGGAUUUGUGAGAUUAUAAAUAAUUAAAAAUGGUUGUUUUUGUUAAAGAGACUUUGACUUAGCAAAUGUCUAGAACGGAUUUAAUUUUGUGUGUGUGCCAGGAGGCUUCGCCGUAGCCCUUUGAAUGUGGUCGCCGCUUUUCUCGCUACACUGCCAUAUCCUUUGUGCUUGCGUGCUUGUUACGCAUCGAUUUGUGUUAAACAUUAGAUACCACCUAACAAUCUUUAGGGUGUAGUGGUUUACUUUGAAAUGUAAUGUUUGAAUAUGAAAAUUUUUGUGAAAAUAAUGUUCUUCAUUAAAAGGCGGCAUAUAAUAAACGAAGAAAACUAGACUUGAAUAUCUUCUAAGCUCUUGUUUACUGCUAUUCGUCGUCAGAAACAACAAAAAUGUCUCGUUUUGGGCUGCGUAGUAGUUCAGAUAUCUUCAAGGCUUCAGAGGAACAGGCGAAUGGAAAGAAAGUAGUUUUUGACACUAAAGCGCCAUCAAAGCGUAGUUGCCAAAGGAAAAAUAACUACAUGUACAUAGAAAAUGAUGUUAAGUCGAAUGAAACGUGCUAUCAAAAAGGAGAAAAUAAGAACCCAGUGUCAAUUGUGUGCAGCUUGCCGCUGAACAGAUUAACAGGAUUUCUCGAAAAACUAAAAACAAAAAGAAUACAUUUUGAAAUAAAGAAUCAAUACUCUUUUUCAAGUUCCCAUAGCGAAGAUAAAGUAUUAGAUGAAACUACUGGAACUUUCUGUGACAAUGGUCCACAGCAACAGGAAUACUACGAGCGCACUAUAUCUGUGGAGGAGAAUGUUAGAAUCCUUUGCUUGUUCUGUGAUAAAAAGUUCACAUCUUACAAAAUGCAGCUGAAGCAUGUAGACAAAUUUCACAUUCAAAAUAAGAAUCGUAGAUGUAGUGGUCGUAAUUCGAACGCGGCCUCAGUCUCCGAUUCAAGAAAACAACGAGUAGAGUCGGGUGUUGUCGUAACAGCAGAGUAUCCGGGAUGUAUAUACUGUAAACGAUCUAAGACUCAUACGAUAGAAGCCCCAACUAAGGAAUUAGAUGAUCUUUUCUUUCAUUUUGUAGACAGCCAUCCAGAUAAGUAUUUUGGAUGUAAAUCAUGCAUGCAACGUUUUCCAAAUUCUUCAAAAUUAACCCAACAUAUGCAUACAAUUCACAAAGAUGCACUACUUUUGGCAGAUGACAGUACCAAAGGGAAGGAUUGCGAUUUAUUUAUUGUAGAAAAGGAUCUUUCAGAAAAAUAUAGCAGAGAAAAAGGAAAAUCAUCAAAAUUGCGUUCCACUAAACUGCAAAAGAAUGUUAAUGAUGUAACCAUACCGGCUCCUUCCCCCGAAAACUCUGCUUCGACUAGUUCUAACAUUAUAAUGGGUGCAGAAGAGCCAAUCCUAUCUAGAUUAGGAUUAGUACAAAAUCGUCUACCCAAUAAUAGAAAAGGUGUUCGCUCACGAAAAGAUAACGUCUUAUCAGACACAAUUUUGAACGCCGACCAUUCAUCUGUUUAUGUGACAGCUGUUAAAGCUCGUAAUAAAUCAGGAAGGAAUGCAAUCAGAGAGAGCGGUGAUGCCGAAAUAAUUUUUCGUAUGCCCACAAGAACAGAAAUGUUGUCAAGUGUGUUUGAUGAAAAUUUUUAUAAAGACGUUGUCUCAAAUGUUCGAAAUAAUCUUUUGCAUUUUUUGGAUGGAAAAGUAAUGGGAAAUGUCGCGAGUGCCUCUUCUAUAAUUAAGCUUCAAACUCCAACGAUAAAAAGUACACUAGUUGAUAGUCCUAUUUUUGUGGCUGGAUGUAAUGCUGUUGAUAGUGAAAUUCAUGCCGCCACAAGUCUAACGACAUCUACGGCUUUCCCAACUCUGCUAACAGCAGAACAAUAUGGUGGUGAUGCAGUUUUAUCGAAAAUUCGUAGACCGCAUACAAAACAUUCCUGGAAAUGGAAGUGGGACAGUGUGAAAAAGUUCAAGUUAAUAAAUGAAGGGGGUAAAAUUGUAAAGAAAAUGAAGCAGCCAAUUCUGGGACUACGUGAUUUAUCAAAACUUGAUAUGUGGACUCAAUUGUCAAUGCGUCAAAAACACGAAUUGCGGCAGUAUAUGUUGCACAGUGCAACAGAUUCUAAUGGAAACCUUCGCGAAGAAAAGCAACGUAUAAACGAACAGUUAAAUUAUAUUCUUGACAUGCGAUUAUUGCCUCACAUUAUCUUGGAACAAAAUGAACAAGCUAUAAUAAAAAUUGAGAAUGAUGAGUUCGGAAUAGUAUCUUAUAUUCAAAACACCGAAGAAGACAGAACAUUUAAUGAAUCAUUUGUCGAUGAACAUUUUUUUUCUACACUUCAACUUUCGCCCAUUCUUGAACGUCAAUAUCUUCAACAACAAGUUGUUUUAAGUGGAGAGUGGGCACGUCCCCGAUGUUACCUAUGCAUGUGUUGUGGAUCGAAAUUCGAAAAAUUGAAGUCGUUAGAAGAGCACAAGAUGUUUCGACAUUCACAUGUUCUUUCUGCUCACUAUGAGGUUGUAGGCCGUGAGCUUUUGGCAGGCAAUUCACUGCGUCAUUUAUUUAUACCGAACCGUGCUCUUGGUUAUUACGGCAACGACAGUUAUUUCAAUACAAAUAAUUUACGUAAAUCUGUUUGGAAGAAAAAUGACUUGGUUCAUAUGAACCGAAGAAUGAUAACAGGAUCAGCAGUAGAUGACGAAUCUUCUGACAGUGUUCCAUCCACUUUAAAUAGCUGUAAACAUAGCGCAAUUACAGAUGAAUGUGACACUGAUACCAAAACAACGUUGGACAUUACUACCGCCUCUCCAUCCAAUAGUAUGCAAUCAUCAAAUUCUCUUCUUUCUGCACCUUCGAAAAUGCAACGCUACUGUAAGGAGACUACUAUAACUACUGCAAAGUGCUCUAAGUGUACGCGCCGAUGUAAUGGCACUUUGGAUUUGUAUCGACAUAUGCUUGAUUGCUCGGGGGAUUAUAUUUGGUCAAUGGCGAAGAAAAGAAAAUACCGCUACUAUUGUGGUUCGAAGAAGCGCCGUUCCUCGAACAAACAUCAUUUUGCGGAGUUAAGAAGAAAUCCACCAAAAAUCUCGAAACCUUCACUUCCAUCAAAUGAUACUGAAGAGAGUGCUUCUUCCUCUAAAGUUAAGACUCCGUCAAGACAACGUCCUAGUGAUGCUGAAUCUAUUAAAAAAAUGUUGGAAAAUCUACCACCUAAAAGGAUUUGUAAAAAAAUCUUUCCUGCUUUGACCAAAACAAAAAAGGCGAAAUUUAUUACGAAGCAUAAAAUGUUUAGUAGUCAAGGAAGACUUAGAUCCACUCGAGCAAGGCAAAUUUCGAAGCUUUCAAAAAACAAAAGGAAGUUUUGUAAUCAAUCAAUUAAAAGCAAAAAUCGGAUGCAUUUAAAAAACGAAAAAUUGCUAGUAAAGCGCAAGUCGAAAAAUUUGUUAAAAAUAGAUGAAUCUGUAAACACAGUUUCCGAAAAUUCAGAAAGAGAGAAUUUUCGAAACUUUCAGAAUACGAACAAUAAUGACAUUAACAGUCAAAAAAUCGUAAACGAUUGUAAUGAUUCUAAUAUGAACAAAUCAAAACAGCCACCGACAUCUACCAAGGUACCUAUAAAUGUUGUAGAAAAUGCGGAUCAACAAACAAAGACACCAGAGCAAAAUUGCAAUAUAAAUACUGAGAGUAGGAUUUGUGACAGUUUACGCUCAAGUAGAUUGGUACAGCAAACAGAAUCGCAAAAAGAGGCACCUUCAGAUACUUUAGAAAACUAUGAGUGUAAAAGCAGCUUUCAAUGCAAUGAUGGUAUUACCUGCAAUAAGAAGAGGAGCAAAAAAAUUAAUGAUUGUAUUGCGAUGCUGACAGGGAAAUUGGAAGAAAAACUAAAGACUGAACAAAAUUCAUUAAAUAAUGAUGAGGCGCGCUCGGAGAAAUGUAUUAACAGCGGUAGAUUAAGCGGUGAAGUAAAACCGCCCAAAAGGAAAACUCUUUCCAGAAAGAUAAUUAAAGUGGACAGCAUAUCUAGCGACCAUUUGACAGUCGUGACACCAAAUAUAUCUAAAGUAUCUUGUCCACCGACAGAAGUAAACACAAUCCCUACUAAGGUGGUCACAGUUCCAAUUUUGACUACAUUGAAAUCUACAGACCAAAAUAACCUGAAUAUUAAUUACCUUCCAAACACUGAAAAUGUAACAAUUUUGCUUGAAAAUGGUAAAUGCCCUGUUAUGAAUAAACAAGUUACGCCAUUCAAUUCAGGAAAUAUGGAAGCGGCUUUGUCUCUAUUACCACCGAUUUCUUUGGCUUCGUCAAAUGCAAAUGUGUUGUUACCGAAAAAACCCACAAGUGGUGUUAUAGUUGAAAAAACAAAAAAAGCACAACCGCCCGUAGCAAAACCAAAUGUGAUUUCGGAAUCGAUUUUACCAUUUCCAACACUGCCACAUGCUCUUCCAUUACAAACUAUGAAAGUUAAUCCUUCUCCUAUAGUUCCUUUGAUACAACAAGCGCCGGUUUUACGACAUCCAACUCUUCUGCCAACACCUGUAGUUCCUGUUGCACCAAUGGUGCCCAUGGUGACAGCAAUACCGUUGUUCAACUCGGAACCACUGAAUCUAUCCAAUACAAAGAAUGAGAUAAAACAAAAUGUAACUGAAACAAUUGGUUUACCUACCUAUCGUAGCGGGCUACCGAUUAGAAGACAAACGAUUUGUGGUUUUGAAGCGAGAAAUUUCCUAUUUGAAGAUGAACCCCUUGACCUUUCGAAAAAAUCGAAUCCUGCUCAAGAAGUCCCAAUUGCAGUAUCUCAUAUGCCCAUUACGCAUAAUAUACAAUCCAUAGAUAAGAAUAUGACUAUUGUUCCACACCAUGAUCUUGUAAAUAAACAAUUUUAUUCUAAUUUGGAACUAUUGAAGAUACCCCAGAUUCGGAAUCCCGGUAGUUCGAACAGUUGUGAGCCGCCUGUUAUUAAUGCCAUUCCAAAAUGUUCAUCCAAAAAACGUAGUGGAGUCAAAAAUAACAGCGAAUAUAAUUCGAAAAGUGUCGCGACCAAUAAUUCAAAGUGCAAUAUCAAAGAAACUACGACAUCCAAAAAAGAAAAUUUAGCGAAGGGAAAAAGCUCCCAAAAGAUGGAUGAAGAAGUUAUUAACCACAUUGAUGAUGCCAUAAACUCGGUUAUUAAUGCUGUUAAGGCCAGCUUACCCGAUAAUGAUGAAGUCUCCGAUGGAAAAUCGAAUAAUAUAAAUAAGAAUCUUAAUCAUACUCUCCCCGUAGGAAAUCAUAAAAAUGUAAAUCAAAUGGAGUUUUCCACAAGUUCAAAAUUAAUAACUACAAAAAUUGUUCCAUCGAACCUACCAUUAGUUAACACUUUCCAAAGUUUGCAAAAGAGGAACGAUGAACCACCUAAAAGUGAAGCAAAUGAUGUUCUUUCGAAAUCUUCUCUACCUGUACCGCAAAAGCGUUGCGUGCGAUCAAAAACUCUAGAUUCGCGUCCAAGUGCUUUAACAACCACACUGGAGAACUUGUCAGAUAGCCUGCAUUUACCUCAGCAACCAGUGCCAGACCGUAAUGUGAUUGUUAAUAAAGUAGAAAUAAAUAAAAACGCAAGCAAUGUGAAAUGUUUACCAGUUAAUGAUAAUUUUUCAGAAGGCAUUCUUGACACUCCCAUUAUAAACUGCAAAUCGAAAAAUAGUACAAAUGAGUUUCAAAAUAACGGAACGGUAUUGUGCUCUAAAACAAAUAAUGAUUCAAGUGUACCAAGUAAAUUACAUACCACUGAACAAUACCUUUCCAUUGCUCCUUCAGAGCUUCAUAACAAAACAAAAAAGUGUGUUUCUCCAGUCGUAGAAGCUUCUACAACAGUUUCUAUUAAUCCGAAUGUGAUAAUAGAAGAAAACAUGAGCAAUAUAAAUAAUACGUCCUCCGGUUUCCAUAGCAGUGGUCAAAUAGAUAACACUGUUGAGGCAACAAAGAAACAGAGACGGCGACGUAAGAACGAACUGGCUGCUAUUGUAGCUGAUCAGCUCCUGGAGAGCUUUAAAAUAGAUAAAGCGCGCCGAGAUAAUCUGAAAAAGCUGGAAAAUUUAGCUUAUGAGAAGAGUGAGGAUUUGUUCGUUACGGGAAUGUUAUUAAUGUCAAGCACAAAAAGAAAUGUAACAUGUUCUAAAACUGGUGGCCAAUUCAGUUAUGAGUUAAACUCUAAUAAAAAUUCUGAAUGCCGUCAAAAGCAAAAUCAAAAUAAUACCAGAUCCAACAAGGUGAAAUGUAAACAAGAGGCAAUUAACAACAGAACUCUCAAGGCUCCUGAAAAUGCAAUUCCCGACUCUUCGAGCAACAGAGAAGAAAAAAGUAUCGUUGGGAAGAAAAGUAAAAGGAAGCAGUAUCGGAGCAAAGGAAAACCGUUGGACAAUGAAAAUAUAAUUAAAUUGAAAUCCUCACUUGAGUCAUUUUCUAUAGGUAUAGAAAAACAACUUACAGAAUUAGAAGCAAGAAAUUCGAUUGCCGCUAUGAAAGAUCCAGAAAAAAAACCUUUAAACACUUCACCAACGUCUAUGAAACAAUCCAUCUUAAGGCCUAGUAUCCUAUCUGCUAAUAUGGAACCCAACAUAAAUAUGCAUAGAACUCCAAGUAUUGAAACUAAAAGUACUGUUUUCAGUCGCGACCCACGACUUAAUAAGAAUAUACAUAAAAAUAAUCAAAAUGAAUUCCCGGGUACUAGGCCAUGUGAAAAGAAUUUAGAUGAAAUAGGUGAUGUUGAAGAAGAUAAUUAUCUUACAGAGAUAGCUAAGAAUGUUAAUGAAAAGAUUAUGUCUUCGGAAAACGAAGAAUUCAUGUUUGUUAAUGAUGGAUUUGAAUUGGCUAAUGAACUACAAGAUGAUUCGAAUAGCAAGUUGUAUAGCCGUCCCCCAACAUCUAUGAGCGUUCGCAGUGCUCCCAACUUUAAUGAUGAUCGUUCCAACUUCGGAUCUAUUUGCGAUGAAAAUACAAAUACGGAAGUAAUGGACAUGGAUUUAGAGGAUGAGCUAAGUGUAUAUACCAGUUACUCACAAGACGUUGGAAGAAGUCGUGGGAGAAGAAGACGUAGAAGAAAAAGUAUUUUGUUAAAAAGAAGACCAAAAAAACGCAUAAUUCGAGAUGUUUCAGAGGAAAAAUUUGAAUGCACUUUAUGCAAAAAAAGUUUUUACACAGUAAAUUCAUUAACAAAACACAAUAUGACAUUGGCUCACGUAUCAAAACUGUCCGCACAAGAGUACCUAUUAUCAAAAGCUUUGGAACACUCGCCAACGACGUCAACACCAAAUGUUUCAAAUAAAGCAAAGGAAUCUAUUUCAAUGGCUAUUACUGAUUUAGUAAACCCUGCAGACAUCCGGGAAAUACACAAAACUAACGAAUUGAACCCAAAAAUGUUACCUACAGACCAACAUCGAGAGCAGAUGAUCAAUAACACUAAUGGCAAUUUAGCUCAAGAAGUAAAUGACAACGUUGAGGGUAAAGACUCUUUUAACAAUAUGCCUCGCAUAAAUCUGAAUCCAGAUGAGAGAUUAUUCUUCGAAUGCUGUAACAUUUUAAAAGGUACUGAAGCAGCUGCGGUAAAUAAUAGCGACGACCAUAACGAUAGGGCAGGAUUUCAGUACAGCUUCCAAGAUAAAACUCAUACAAGUAUAGUUCAAAGUAGCUGUUUAAGAUCGUUAGGGGCUGAAAUCCCCAAAAGAACUAGUUCGAGGGAACUAAUUGCCUGUAAGCCCAGCGUUUCACAACAAGUAUUUCGAAGUCCUUCCGUACAUCAAGCGACAGUUGUGAAUAAAGUUGGGCCUACUGUAACUUCUCGAGAUCAGCACAGAUCUUCUCCUAACUAUUCGCCCGUUUCUCAGUUUUCUGCUGUGACCAAUGCAACGUCUAGAUUUAAAACUAAGGCUGCCAUGAAAGGUUAUGAGAACAUCAAUAUUGAUUUAGCAAUGUGCAAGGAAGUAGGAGCUAAAUCGAUAGCAGUGUGUAAAUUGACGGAGUUAGCCGAAAUUGCGUUGGGAAAUGAGAAAUCGAAUAAUACAGAAUUCACUUCUAUAUCUAAUCAACCAGAAGGCUCAAUAUUUCGCCAAUUACCGAGCCGGGAAUUUGUAACAUCUUCCGUUGCUGUAGACAAUCCAAGACAGACAAGCUGUGAUGACGGCAAUCGGGAAAGAAUAAAAAAUAAUGAAGUACAAAGUUCUACCUCUUCGAAAACGAUAAUGCAUUCUUCGAAAAUAAAAUCUGUAGCUGAAGAAAAUAGUAAAGAGGCCUGUAGAAAGAUUGUCAUUCCGGAGAGACCGUUCAAAAAUAUUGGCUUAGAGGAAAAAGAAACAAUCACCUUUCAAAAGCCCAAAACUUCAAUUAAUUUACUGACCGAUGAUAACAGUGUUUCGAUAACUAGUUAUUCUGAUCGCGAUGAUUUUGAUUUUGCUUCUUUGAGUUGCGAUGAUGAACCCAGCACAAAAGUCAACAAAGAAAAAAGUAUCAAGGAUAACUCGGACAGUAGUUCCAGUCGCGCAACUGCCAAAACUUUCGAAAAUAAAUCUCUCAUUAUGGAUCGAAUAUUUAAGAAUAUGGGUACGAAAGCAAAGAAAACGCAAAACAUAGGUAUUCAAAAAGAUCAUUCCUCAAAAGCUGACAUUAAUCAACUGUUUGAUGAAUUAAGAGGCGAUUGCGGACCUAAGUCGGUACGAUCAUCCGAAAGUAUAUCCAAAAAGAAUACUUGUUUAGAAAGUUUUGAAAAUGUGCAAUUUAAACAAAGACAAACCAAUGUCCAAAACGAACAGCCACUACCAAAUAAUAGUGGCUUGAAAGAAACACGGAAGAAAUCAAAUGUUAACGUAAAAAGUCAAAAAGAGAUAACUAGACUCCAAUCAGAGCUGGGUAUGAGCCAAGAAGAGGUAGUCAAAUUGAUUAACGAAGGGCAAAGAAAGUCAAAAAGACGCUGCGCUACAAUUAGACCGAAAAAAUUAGUUGAAAUGUGGAGCUCCGAUGAAUAUGAAGAGUUUUUGUCAACAAAAGAUAUAAUUGCUCUUAUAGAAGAAAAAGAAAAACAAGAAACACGAAAAAAACGCAAAGUGGGGCAGCAAUUAAAUACAUGUAGCAGCAAAAAUAAUGAAAUUGAAAUUCCUAAACCAAUAACGGACAGGCGAAAAAGUGUAAGAUGUAUAAAUGAGAAAGAGGAACCUGUGGCUGCUUCUUCCGAAGUGUUCAAAAAACGAUGUGGUAAAACGAAUGGCAUUACUAAACCGCAAAGUAACCGCAUAUCCAUGAAAUCUUCCGAAAGUAAAGAAAAAUAUUCCCGUUGUUGCACAAUGGAUGAAAGCGGCAUCAAACUAAAAAAUAGUAUUAGUAGAGAGUUAGACCAUAAAAUUGUUAAUCGUAAAAAAAGGUCUUUGAAAGGUAGUUCCGAAACUGUUGUAUCGAAAUCAUUAAUAUUAGAGAAUGGAGAUAAAAAGUCAUCUAAAAUGGUAACUGCAAAGUGUGCGAAAGAUAUGCAGCCGGAAAAAGAGAAAAAAACAGACUAUUUAUCUAAAUUGAAACAAACCAAUUGUAGAACUAGAAGCAGUAAAGAAAGAAAACCGACGGAAUGUAAAGAAAUCGUUAAAAAUAGUAAAACAACUGAGGAGCGUGUUAGUGGCGCUGUGGAAAAUAAGAAGCACAUUGAUGAUAAUAACCAUACGCAUAAGAAUAGGAGAAGAAAUCAAACGAAUCCAUCGCCACCACGUCGAAAACGUUUGGCGUCGGAAAAGCUGUACUACUGGUCUUCAUCAAGUGAUGAAGAUUUCGGAAAAAUUAAUUCAACGUGUGCGCCGGAGUUUGAUGGUGGUGAAAAUUAUCAAAAGCACGGAUGGAUUGUUGGAGAUUCUCAUAAAAAAUUAGUGACUUUACUCGCAAUAGCAAAAGGAAACAAAAAAGUCGAUAAUAGUUGUGGGGUGAAGAAAAAUAAUAGCAGAAAAAAAAUAUGUUAAAUAA